UGCACGGACGGAAAGAAGCGACUCCCUCCGUUUACACCCGAAUAAAACGUCCGCUGAAAACGCCCCGCCCUCAGCCAAGAAACAGGCGGGGUCGCGGCUUAUUGGGCCGGAGCCGGAAACGUGGAAGGCUGGGCUCAAUGCCGCGCAAGGAGGCGGGCGAUGUGGCAGGUGUAUUGCUAAGAUGACCUUCUAAGUGUUGAGAAGCCUAAAAAUGUUCCUCCAGUCGGAGAUUUUGCCUAGAUGGGAAUUGUAUCUUUACUUGUUUCUUUCUUUUGGCUCUCAUUUUUAUUCUUUCUAUGAAGUCUUCCAAGCUUCUCAAGAAUACGAAGAAGAACUUGAUAGAAAAUUUGAACUGGAGAAAAAUACACUGGGGUUGAGGAAGGAUCCAGUUGAUUUUGAAUGGAAUUUCUGGAUGGAAUGGGGCAAAGGAUAUAUACUGUGGCUUCUUUUUGGCCACCUGGUGGUAUCACUGGUAUCCAGCAUUUAUAUGGAAAAGUACAAACCUUGGUUUCUGAUGGUGUAUGGAAUUGCUGCCUGUUGGCUUCUACUGGGGUCGAAAGGACUGACUAUGAUUUUUCUACAUGUCACUAUCUCGUAUUUAGUAGCCCAGUUGAAAAAUCCAGUGUUUACAUGGUUGACUUCUUUGCUUCUGUUGUCAACUCUGCAUCUAUCUGCCAUAGAAGAAGUGAAGAGAGGCUGGUAUGCCAGUGAAAAUGAGUAUUAUCUACUAGUUUUCACCCUGAUUGUGCGCUGUCUCUAUUAUACAAGCUUCAGUCUGGAAUAUUGUUGGGAUAGGACUACUGAGAUGAUACAGCAUUCAUUCCUUUGGAUGUUGUCAUAUACAUUCUACUAUCCUGUGUUUCACAAUGGACCUAUUAUCACCUUUGAUGAAUUUUAUACACAGAUGAGCAAACAACAAUCCUGCAAUUGGAAGUCCAAUCUAUCUAUUUUCAUCUGGGGAGCCAUUCGUAUUUUGAUUUGGUGGUGGUUGGCAGAAUUGAUGAUUCAUUUUAUGUAUAUGCAUGCUAUCUACAGUAGCAUUUCGCACCUGGAAGCAGUAACUUACUGGACGUUAGGUGGCCUUGCACUAGCCCAGGUCCUAUUUUUUUAUGUGAAAUACCUUGUACUUUUUGGUGUUCCAGCACUUGUCGUUCGCAUGGAUGGACUCAAGCCUCCUGAUUUACCUCGUUGUGUAAGCACCAUGUACAGUUUUUCUGGAAUGUGGAGAAGUUUUGAUGUUGGAUUACAUAGGUUCCUUAUCAGGUAUAUUUAUGUCCCAAUGGGAGGAUCUCAUUGCAGCAUAUUUAAGAUGUUGUUUUCGACUGCCAUCACAUUUGCUUUUGUAAGUUACUGGCAUGGAAGCCAUAGCUAUCUUUGGUCCUGGGCUGUGCUUAAUUGGCUUGGAGUAACAGCUGAAAAUGGAGUGAAGAGGAUUGUUUCUGUUCCAAUUGUCCAUAAUUUUAUUAACCGGGUUUUAUCCCCAAGAGGGAUUCGUCGAUUCCAUGCAGCAAUGGCAGCUGUAUCCACCACAUUCUUGAUUUUUUCCAACCUUAUCUUUCUUGGUGGAAACGAUGUUGGCAGAAUUUAUUGGAACAAGAUCUUCAAAGAAGUGAUUCACUUGAAAUGCCCUCCAAAUCUGGCUAUACUCCAAACUGAAGGGAAAUGAACCAAGACCUGAUAAGUUAUUCUGGAGAAGGCUGAUGCAGAAGCCCUGGGAGGUUGGAGAAAUGCUGUGCAUAUUUGUGUGGGAUUUGAAGCACUGGGUGCAGGCCCCUACUAGAUUUCAGGAGGCUGGUGUUAGUCCAUUACAUUUGUAAAUCCACACAUUGAUAGAACUCUUCUCCGUAAAUGUCUUAGGAGAAUGAUGUAUGGAUAAAUCCUAUGACAUGAAUUUUAAUUAAUUUGUAAAUUAAACAUCUGUAGGACACUUGGGAUGUUUCGUCUCUUCCCUCUUUCCCCACCACAAGGUUGAUCAAGUUAUUUAGGCACCUGAGGCAGGCAGCUCAACAAUACAUUCUAUCUUUCUUCAUAGCAAAAAUAUAACAUUAAAUAAAACUUCUCUGCAUUUUGCUGGUGUAAAUCUAGAUGUGUAAGUCAGCUACUUCAUUCUGCUUAAGGGGUCUGGUGGGGGGCGGCACUAUACAGUAUAAACUGGGAAUGCCUAAUCCCAUCCUCAAGCCAACACGCUGACAGAAAUGCUCUAAGUAUCCAUAAUUCCAUCAUUCCUGUUCAAAGCUUCAGAGAGCAAAGUGAGACUUUGCACAUUGUGGUAGAAUAUUCUUCCAGUCAUUUUUAAUGCAAGCGUCAGCACAAAAUAUGUUUUGCCAAUAACUGGGAUCUUCUGUUCAUCAAAGCAUUUUACUGUUUCCACAUUGCUACUAGUGUUGCCACAAUUUGCCCCUUGUCUUUUCUGGGAGAGAAGUUAAGGAGGGGAUAGUCUACAAUUUCCCACUAAGAAAAAUCAAUGGGCAGUAUUAAUUUUCACUCAUGUCAAAAUUUGGCGUUUAGUCAAACGUUAGUUUUCCUUUAGUCCUUCUGUUUCUUAAUUUCCUCCAGCAGCAUAUGGCAUCAUUUCCUAGCCAUUUUCAAGACCUGAGUAAAUAUAUUUGAGGUCAUGACAGAAUAGAUUGUGCAUGAUACAAGUAUGACAACAUGAAUGGUGGGUUGGCCAAGUGUUAUUAUAUAAUUCUAGGGGUGUUGUAUAAUUUGCAGCACUGGCUUGUUUAUAUGUGUUGUUUGUCAACGUGAAAAUGGUUGGGUUUAAAGUGUGGCAGGUGUUUGGGUAAAAAUAAAAGGAAAGAAAAACAAAAGCAUUUGCAUUUGAGAUCAUUAUAGAAGACAAUUGGAAGAUACAGAUGAGACCUUUCUAAAAUCUAGAUGACUAGUUUUUCAAAGAGGCAUGCAAUUGUGAUAAUGGAAGAUUUAAAUUAUUCUGACAUCUGCUGGGUAUCUAACUAUGCCAAGAAUCAGAAAACCAGAAAAUUCUGAUGACAACUUCAUUUGUCAGAAGAUGGGAAGAAAGAACAAGAAGUUAUGUUAUCCUGGACAUGUCCUUAGCAAGAGAGAGGAAAUUAUUGAAAAAAUAACAUAGAGUGGUAUUGGGAAAUAAAACUCAUAAUUAUGGCCUUCACAAUAUCCAGGGCAGGAGGCGAUGAAAGGAACUGACCUUUACAUUGGAUUUGGGGAAAGAAUGGAUAUCCAGGAAAUAUGGGAGAUACUGAGAGUGUAAAGAAAAAGGAUUUCUACAAGACAGAAAAGUAGAAGAUUUCUAAAGCCAGCACGAAAACAUGCAGAGCUCUCUAAUAUACCAAAGAGAAAAAAGAACAUGCUGGGGAAAUAAAAUGAGGGGAGCAUAACAAAAGAACAUUAUAAAAUGUAGGAAAGGUAAAUCUCAUAGUAGGCCUAGUUUUGCAGGAGAAUCCAAAAACAACAAAGGGUCCUUUGAGUAGAUUGGGAUCAAAAGGAAAGGCAAAGAGAAUGUAGAUUUUGUUGCAAAGAGAAAAUGAUGCUGAUGCCGAUAAUGAAUUUAACUCUAUUUUUGGUCUGUCUUGCCUCAGAAGAAAAUAAAAAUCCUAGCUGCUCCUUAUGCCAGUGGAAAGAAGGAAGAAGGAACUGCCAUUUAGAACAGGUAAAUAGUAGGUAAGGGAGAAUGUAGCUGAUUCAAGCAAAUUCAAGUCUCUAGGGCCAGAUGGAUUUCAACCUAGGAUCCUGAUGGAAUUAAUAAAGCAGAUACCAGAACUGCUUUCAGUAAUCUUUGAGAAGUGGGGGACUGGUGAGACCCCAGAAGACCGGAGGAGAGCAACUGUCAACAUUAUUUUCAAAAAGGUGAAUAAAGAGGGCUCACAGACAUUUCAGCUUGACUGUACUGGACAAACUCUUCAAACAGCAUGUUGUGAGCAGUUGGAUAGAUGUGUCAUAAUUAACAAAAGCCAAAGUGGGUUUGUCACAGCCAAUCAUGCCAGAUUAACUGCACCUCUUUCUUUGAAAGGCUUACUAGUUUAGAAGGUCAGAAGAAUCUGCAGACAUAGUAUAUCUAGACCUCAGCAAAUCAGUGUGCCACAUGAUUAUUUUCUUCAUUAAAUAAUAAAAUAUGGGCCAGUUGGAUUCAGAUUUGACUGAAUGACCAUAGUAAGAGAUUCAUUGAUGGCUCUACUUCAGCUCGGACAGAAGUAUCAAGUGGAGGGUAAGAAGGCUUUGUCUGGGUCCUCUGUUGCUCAACAUUUUUAUUAAUAAUUUUCUAUAAUGGAAUUAAAGGGGAUUUUAUAAGUGUGCAAUAACAGGAAACUUAUACUUGAGUUGUAAGUAAAAAGAUUCAAAAAGAUUUAGAGAAAAGGUCUUUAAUCUUUGUGUGCCAGGGGAGGGAAGGGAAGGGAGAUCUUUAUGAAUCUUUCCUUUCACGCAAAAAUAUAUAUUUAAAUGUAUAAAAUAAAAUUCUCUUGACACCAAAGCUGUAAAAGAAGAAGUAAGAAGAAGAUAAAAUAAAAUGCAUAGUUAUAUACAUUUAUCCUUUCCCUUGGGGCAUAACCCCAAUGGCUAAUCUCCAUUUCCCUCCUAAGAAAAUUUUAAAAAGAGCAUUUAAAAAAGAGUUAAGAAGUUCUGUCUUAUCAGCCUCCCACAUUAUCAUUUCACCACUUUCUCUUUGCAAAUGGACUUACAUUUCCAUUGGCUCCCAUAUUUGUUUUAAUGUACUGUUUUGUGUUAUUUUGAUAUUACUGACAUUACUUUCUUGAAGCAUCCACUUAUUCUGAGCUUUAGUAUUUUGGAGACAGGAGAGUGGCAAAGUUCCUCGUUUCUGGAGACUACCUUGUAUUCUUCUUUUACAUUUCUUGUAUGUUUCCUGUUUCCAUUUCUGAUACAAGUUUCUCUUUGUUGUUUUAGAGAGCUCUGUAUAUAACCAUGCUGGCCUCUGUAGAUCUUUUCCAUUUUUUUUCUUUCCUAAGAGAAAUUGUUUGUGGCUGCAUCUUCUGUGUCCAAUUUUAUAGAAUUUCCCAGCUUUCCUGGACACUUUUUUCCAGAAGAAUUUUAAGCCAUAAUAAGCUUGGUAGGCAUGCAAAAAAAGCUUAAAAAGCAAACAUUUUACAGGGGAUUUUAAAGAUUAAUAUUCAAUUAAAUCCAGAACCAUUUUAGGUUUGAUAGCCUAAACAGUUAGAAAAACUAUGAAGAUUACUCUAGUAAGAUUACUAUAUGCACAAAGAUAGGAAGAUGCAGCAUGAACGAUUGGGUAGUGAAAUUGAUAGAAGUUGCUGAGAUGGACAAAACUGAUUUUUGACAACCAAACUUUAAUAUUAGAGAAAGGAUAAUAUGUAUAUUUAUUGAUGAUUGAAAUCCCCUUAUAUAUUAUUUUGUGUGUAAAAAUAAAUAAGAACUAGAUUAUGGCUAGGAUGAUUAGACAGGGUAGAUUAUAGAACGAAGAGUGGUAUGUUGUAACCAUAGAGUAAUAAGUAAAUUAAUAAUUGUAUAUUACUGCUGUAAAGAAGCUAUUUCUUUG